AUGUUGGUAAGUGGCAAACUAGGUGUUGCAGUACGAUUAGUUGUUGAAAGUAUAGAAAGAGCGGACCCAACAACCCAUUUGACAAAGUGGGAAGAAGAUGCAAAAGUGGUAAAUGCCUCCAUUGAUGGUGAAAGUGGCAAAAGUUAUAUGAAUAUAAAUGGAGUCGAAAUCGAGCCUAGUGAGAAAUGCUUGUUAUCCCUGUAUACCUCCAAAGAUGAUAAAUGCUUGGAACAAUCAAUAUUUAAUUAUGAGAAAGACCUUGAAAUUCCCAUUAAGCAAGGGUUCCCACUAGAAAUGCAACAAUACAUGGCAGAAAAUGAAAACAUUCUGGACAACGUGCUAAGAAAGAUAUCAGAGAAACUAGGUAUCAUAGUUUAUGACCAGGAUAGAUCAGCACAUCCGAAAGAAGCAGUAACAGAACAGAAACCCAGCUGGCGUAUUGGCAGAAAUAAUCCGUUUGCCGAAAGCUUGGGAAGGGCUCAACCCGAUUCAUUUAGGAGGCCACACGACAUGCCCAGUUUCGAAGAUGAAUAUGAAAUCCGUGGUCACGGAAACACGCCCCAAGGGCUUCAAGAGCGUAUACCUUCGCGUUACGGUGAGAAUGAUUUAUAUCCCACAGGUGAGAAGUAUCCCAAUUUGAUGGACCCAGCAGCCUCUGGGGGCCGCCCCGGUAUAUUAGGGCAAGGGGGCAUGGUAUUUGAUCCUUUGCAAGAGCACUCUAGACAACGAAAGGAACAGGAGAACAAGUUGCGUGGACCAGGCUACAUGCCUGGGGCCAAAUUUGAUGAUCCAUACGGAAAUCCAGGAGGGUUAGGUGGACUCGGUGGUUUCUGCGGAGGUGGUUCAAGCGGUUUCAUUUAG